UAAUAGCCGGCACUGUUGUGUUCCGUCACUGUUGUCCUGGCAACGUCGUUGUGGUCAACUGUCAGUUGUUAUUUCUUUUCAGUUGUCCUUUGAGAUGCCGCUGUUCAACAAGAAAUUCGAAUCGAAACCAAUUCCAGCGCGUGUAAAUCGCUGUAAUAUUGGUUAUCCCGUUGUUACCGAGGAUAUUGAUGAUUUCCGCAAGAUUUCACUCAAUCUGGGCAACAAGAAGCUUCGUUUCGCCGAUGGCAUUUGGAUGCAUUCGGUGCGCAAAGGAGACGUCGAUGAUAUGCUGCGUUUAAAUAAGAAAUUUCGAGCAUUAGAAGAGGAAAAUAAUAUGUGCAAUUUAAAAAUCGAGGUUAUGUUGGAUUUGCUAGCAGAGCACGCAACGGAACUGAAUGAAUUGAAACCGAAGGAGAAAUAACGGAACUUCAACUAGCCCUGACAAAGGAUUAAAUGAUGUACAUAAUUUUUUUAUUUUAAUAAAUAUUUACAUGAAUUUUA